CCGCGCCGCCGCCCGGGCCGCCCCUUCCCGCCGCCUCACUCCUCCCCAAGAUGGCGGCCGCAGCGCUGCUCAGGGGUGCGGCUCCAGGGCGCGGCGGCCGGGCCUGGAGCUGGCGGCUGCGCGCUGCCCCGAGGCUUCGCCUGGCCCACAGCUCCUGCUGUCAGGGUGGUAAGCCCGCGGGCAGCGCGGCGUGGACCUGCUUCCUACUGGGCGAGCGCGCCCUGGUGCGCGUGCGCGGGCCGGACUCUGCGCCCUUUCUCCUGGGUCUGCUGACCAAUGAGCUGCCGCUUCCAGGUCCUGCGGCCGGCGAGGCUUCAACUUCGGCGCGCUCGGGCUACGCCCACUUUCUCAAUGUCCAGGGACGCACCCUCUAUGACGUCAUUCUCUAUGGGCUCCCUGAGGGCUCCCACGAGCAGCCCACUUUCCUCCUGGAGUGUGACAGCUCAGUGCUGGAUGCGCUGCAGAGGCACCUGGUGCUGCACAAGAUCCGGCGGAGGGUCACCGUGGAGCCAUGCCCCGAGCUCCGCGUGUGGGCCGUGCUGCCCUGUGCCCCUGAGGAGGCCGGCAGGGCUGUGCUGCUUCAGGAGAAGGCCGAGUGCACCACCAUCCUCACCCGUGAUCCCCGGACUGCUCGCAUGGGCUGGCGGCUCCUCUCCCAGGAUGAGGGCUCAGCCCUGGUGCCCGGGGGCUGUCUUGGGGACCUCCAGGAUUAUCACCGACACCGGUACCAGCAAGGCGUUCCCGAGGGGGUCCACGACCUGCCCCCAGGAGUAGCCCUACCGCUGGAGUCUAACCUGGCCUUCAUGAAUGGCAUCAGCUUCACCAAGGGCUGCUACAUCGGCCAGGAGCUGACGGCUCGCACCCACCACAUGGGUGUCAUCCGAAAGCGCCUCUUCCCAGUACAGCUCUCAGGCCCCCUCCCUGUGGGCAGCAUUGCCCCUGGCACCUCUGUGCUCACCAAGUCGGGGCAGGCAGCCGGCAAGUACAGGGCAGGCCUGGGGGACGUGGGUCUGGCUCUGUUGCGGUCCGAGAAAAUCAAGGGUCCUCUCCACAUCAGAACCUCUGCGAGUGGCCUUGUGGCCCUAACUGCGUCUGUGCCAGACUGGUGGCCCACACCCACUAAGUAGCCCUGGAUGUCCCUGCAGCCCUGUACAGGGCCUCUGUUUGUCUGCUGCACCCUGGAGGCCAGCCCCCACUUCCUAGGGUGGCCCAGUUGAAAGAACACCCCCUGGGAGGGUCCCCAAGUAUAUGUGGGCCUCCCAGAGCUGCAGGCAUGGUGGGGCAUGCUGCUGCAGCCCAGGUGUUCCCAGCCCGUCAUGCUUCCUGUGGAGGGUCCUACGCUCAGGCUGGCUGUCCUCUCCUGGUGGCUUUGCGACUGGAGCAUCAGGAGCCCUCCUGAGGACUGAGGGCGGGUAGAAGUGAGUCCUGCGCCUGCCUCUGUGCUGAGCAGAGGCCCAGCUUCCACCAGGCCCUGGAUGAGAUUUCCAAACCAUAUAGAUCUAGAGGUAGUUCAUCCAUCAGGCAAGGGCAGGAUGCUCCAGGAUGCCUCUGGGCUGUCCGCACCCCUCUGAGCCUGCUUGGUCAGGCCUGGAAAGGAGGCUUCUCAGUGUCUGGGGUGGCUGAAGGGGCAAGUGGGCUCUGGGAAUGGUCUUACCAUGUUGGCUUGGGGGCAUGUCUCAGGGUGGGAAUCUCCUGGGGCCAGGUGGAGUGGCGGCGUCUGCGAGUGGAGGCACGUGCACUGCUCACACCCACCUGAGCCCUCCCAAGUGUACCUCUGUGCUCAGGGGUGCCAGCUGGGGGAGCCCCAAUACCACUUUAUGCCGGGGUAGCACAUCUCCACAGCUUCGGCCCCACGAUGGCAUUGGCAGCCCCCCUCUCCCCACCAUAGCCCUCACGAGCUCAGGGGAGGAGUGGCUGCCCUGGGACGGCAGUGCCCAGGGUGCAGAGAGGAGUUUCUGCUUGGCUUACUUGCUGCUGUUUUCUGAUGUAGUCAUGUCUUCACAGUAAGGGGAUGACUUACUUCCCCACCUUAAACCACUGACCUCCAUUUUCCCACUGCAAUGUGAAUCUCAUGCUUACUGGGUGUCCUACCUGAUGCCUCAGAGUGGCUAUUAAAGUGUGACCCACGAUUGGCCCAUGUGAAACUCUGGUUUCUUUUUUUUUUUUUUUCCCCUUAACUUUCUUUAUUUGUUUAUUUAUUUAUUUACUUAAAAUUUUUAUUGUAGUAUAGUUGAUUUGCAAUGUUGUGUUAGUUUCUGCUGUACAGCAGUCAGUUAUACAUACAUCCACCCUUUUUGAGAGAUUCUUUUUCCAUAUAGGUCAUUACAUAGUAUUGAGGAGAGCUCCCUGUACUAUACAGUAGGUCCUUAUUAUCUAUUUUAUAUAUAGUAGUGUGUAUAUGUCAAUCCCAGUCUCCCAAUUUAUCUCUCCCCCACCCCCUACCACUUCCCACCCUGGUAACCAUAAGUCUGUUUUCUACAUCUGUGACUCUAUUUCUGUUUUGUAAAUAAGUUCAUUUGUACCAUUUUUUUUUAAGAUUCCGCGUAUAAGCGAUAUCA